AAUUUCAAGAUGCCUAUUGCAAAAAUUGCUCCUUCUAUGCUAUCUAGUGAUUUUGCAUCACUCGCAGCUGAAGCCCAUCGUAUGAUAAAAAAUGGUGCUGAUUGGUUGCAUAUGGACGUUAUGGAUGGACAUUUCGUUCCUAAUAUAACUAUUGGUGCCCCGGUGAUUCAAUCGUUACGAAAACAUACAAAUGUAUUCUUGGAUUGCCAUUUGAUGGUAUCAAACCCAGAAAAAUGGGUAGAUGAUUUUGCAAAGGCAGGAGCUUCAUUGUAUUGUUUUCAUAUAGAAGCAACAAACGAACCUGAAGCUUUAAUUGAACAAAUUAAGAAAGCGGGAAUGAAAGUUGGAGUAGCUGUUAAACCAAAAACUCCAAUAGAGACCGUUUUCCCAUUAGUUGAUAAAAUCGACAUGUGCUUAGUUAUGACAGUUGAGCCGGGUUUUGGAGGACAAAAAUUUAUGCCUGAUUGUAUGCCAAAGGUACAAUCGUUAAGAGAAAAUUUUCCCAAACUUGAUAUUGAAGUAGAUGGAGGUCUUAGUCUUGAUACAAUUGAUACAGCUGCACAAGCAGGUGCUAAUGUAAUUGUAGCUGGCACUUCAGUUUUUAAAGCCGAAAGUCCUAAAGAUGUUAUUUCAACUCUUAGAGAAAAAGUAGAAUCUGUACAAUCUAAAUCAUGAAGAAUUAAUUACUUUAAAUCGUGAUAUUUGGUACUUUAGUUUUAAUUUUAAUUUCGUUG